UCAUCUUCUUCUCUAUCGCUUUGUUGUACGAAUAUUGAAUACUCAAUCUAACCCAUCUCUUUAUCCCUCUCUUUCAUUUCCUCUCUCUAAAUCUAGUCUCACUAUCUCCUCCUUAUUUCUCUCCUCUCCUCCUCGUGGAGGUUCCUUCUUGCCCUCACAGGCGUUUAUUGAUUUGAGCGAUAAAUUGAAAAUGAAUUAUUGUGGGUAUCAGCAAAAGAACGCCAUGGGAGGCAACGAGGAGAGGAAGAUGAUGGUGGAUUCUAUGGUUUGUCCCAAGCCUCGUCGAUUGUGCCUUUCAAAUCCUUCCUUUUACGAUCAAAUCAGACCCUUAAGGUUGCCUAUGAAUAACCAGGGUGAUAUGGGAGAUUCGAAGGCUGGUGCUGAGCUUUUAGACCUAAUUCUCACUAAGGGAGGAUAUGGUGGGGAAAGAUCUGGUUACCAGGUAGCAUCAUCUCCACCAUUUUACUGUGGAUCACCACCCAGUAGGGCAUCUAAUCCUGUAGUUCAAGACGCUCAAUUUGGCAAUGGAAAGAUGACUCCUUUAUCUCCUGCACCACCAUCACCAUCUUCAUCGUCAGCUCGUAAAGGAGGAGGGUGUGUCCGAAUGAAAUUCGGGCAUACGCCUGCAGCAGUGAGGAUUGAAGGCUUUGAUUGCCUUGGCAGAGAUAGGCGAAAUUGCAGCAUCUCUGCCGUGGCAUGAACAUUGAAUUGAAUGAACUCUCAGUUGAAAAAAAAAAUGAAAAAAGGAACAGAGAUUAACAAAUUUUGAGUCUAAGAGGGAGAGAACUAAAAAUGGCACCAAUGUUAGUGUAAUUCUGUUUUUUGGUUGUAAAUACAGGUCUAUUGGUGUUUCUUGGUGAGUUAUGGCAUUGUGCUCUCUCAAUAUAUGUACAUGUAAUGAAAGUUGUUGAGAGAGGUUUAAUUUUGAAGAAAUAAGAAGAGGAGGGGAGAGCCAAGUGUUUCUCUUGGUAGGUUUAUUGUUCUUGUUUAUAAAGAGAUAGAGAUGAUUAGAUCUUUGGGUGGGAUCCCUUUGUAAUAGUUCCGUGUCUCGUUUAUAUCUAAUCCUUGUUUGUAAUUGUAAUAUGAAAGAAAAAAGGAUUAGCAUUUUGGAAAUCCAUUUUCACCCUUUUGUUGUUUA